AUGGUUGAGACGGCAAGCAACUCCCUGCUGUCUACUAGUACCUCGGAUUCAUCUCUCUCGGUCCAGCUGCACCCUCUGGUUCUUCUCGUCAUCUCAGACUACAUAACGCGCCACUCGAUACGCAAGCAAGAAGGUCCCAUUAUCGGUGCAAUCAUCGGUCAGCAAAAUGGCCGUUCAAUCACAAUGGAGCAGGCCUUCCAGUGUAAGACCAAGCAGGACGGUGACAAGGUUCUGAUCGACGAAGAGUGGUUCGCCGACCGUCUAGAACAGUUCAAGGACGUCCACAAGUCACCCCCGCUGGAUCUGGUCGCCAUCUUCACUCUCGCUCCUCCCUCCGGCCCUCUACCAGAACAUGUGCCCAUUCUCCAGCAACUGCAACACUCAUACAAUGACUCGCUCAUGCUGCUGCUGUUCCACCCUCAGACCAUCCUUGACGGCUCUCUCACCGGCGGAAAGCUACCCAUUUCCAUCUACGAAUCCUACUACGAGCCUGGUAGCGAAAUUGCAGACAAGGGACUACAGGUCGACGGCUGGGGCAUGGGCCGCCAACUGCAGAUGCGCUUCCGUCAACUGCCAUUCGAGGUCGAGACUGGAGAGGCCGAGAUGAUUGCUGUCGAUUUUGUUGCAAAGGGCAGUGGUAACGCAAAUGUUCAAAACUCUGCCACUCCUCCGUCAAAGGGCAAGGCUCGUGCCGAUCAAGCCACCACCACAAACGACGUCAAGCUGAACGCAGAGGACGAAGAAGUCAUGUCAUCACUCACCGCAAAGUACAACGCCAUCAAGAUGCUGCACCAACGCAUCAACCUCAUCAAGGCCUACCUCGCCGAACUCCCACCUUCAUACCUCACCGACGCCUCUGUCCCAGCCGGCCCAACAAACCCCACCGCAAACCACCAACUCCUCCGCGAAAUCUCCUCCAUGCUCUCCCGCCUCCCAUUACUCGCCCCUCCCACCUCAAACUCCUCCACCGCCCUCCCCGUCCCUGGUAUUCCUCAAUCCUCCCUCGCAACAGCCGCAUCACAGGAACAAUCAGACGUCCACAUGGUCUCAUUGCUCGCAUCUCUCACUCGCACAGUAGCUCAGGCAAAAGAUAUGGGUUCAAAAUACUCGAUUGUGCAGAAGGCAAAGUCGGACAAGAAUCACACGGGCGGUAUGAUGGCAUCGCGUCAAGGAGGCUUCGGUAACUUUGGAUCUGGCGGUGAUGAUCCUUGGGGUACUCCUGGAGAACCUAAUGACUUUGCUCCUGUUGGCCUUUGA